CUUGUCUCCACCCGGACCGAGAUCAGACUGGACCUAGCGCAGCAGUUACCAUAGCAACCGAUCAACGUUCGAUUACAGGAUCUAUUUACGGUAGGAUUUCCUGGGUCUCUCCAUCUACUGUGACUACUGUGUAGGGCACCUGUGUUGUCAUCACACCAGGGAAGGCAGAAAGAUGCCAGUAUAUAUCCGGAAACAUCCCCUGGAGAUCCCUCCACCUUCUGAAAAGGACUGGAUUAAGAAGGAUGAGGAAGAAAAUUUCUUCCUGCAGGAUCCCGAUCAAAUCUUUGAUUCAUUGCCUCAGCCUUUCCGGAUGAUCAAUAAACUGGUGACCUUAGUAUUUGAGCAGGCCUGGGAAAUCAUUGAGAAGAGGGAGGCACUCCAAGAGGCACAGACACUGAAGGUCAAGCCCACGUUGUACCUGCCCACAGCUGAAUUCCAGGUGAUGGGAAGAGCCAACUGCCUUGCAGCCUCUGGACAGCAUGUCUUUGUUGGGCUCUCCACAGGGCUUGCAGUUUUCAACAUGCCCAGCUGUAAGCGGGUCUGUGCUUGGGAGUCAGCCAAGCUAGAGAUUUGUGCCAUCCGUGCCUCCAACCUUGGCAAUGAAACCCACCUUCUCGUUACUGUUGAUGAGAUGGGACUUGCCCGACUCUUUUAUUUUUACAGGGACAGCCUGCUGCUCAUUAAAGUCCUAAAUGAAGUGGAAGAGAUCAGCAAGAGAAACACCUGUGUGGAGGCAGAGCUCUCCCAGGGGGGCGAUUAUGCUGGCAUCCUGCUGCAAGGCAACACAGAAGCUUGGCUGGAGAUCUACCGAUUGCCUAAGGAUUCCUGGCUGAAGGAGACAGACCAUUCCCAGGCAGCUGCAGCAGUGUCAUCUUUCAGGGAGAGGCGGUUCAGCCAGGCGUCGGCGAAAAGUCUGGAACUGCCGGGAGAGGGCUCUGCAGAAACGGAAUCACCCAUGUCUGCAAACAGAGUUGAAACUAAGCUGAGUCCUCCAGUGCUGCUGCUGAAGGUCAGAUCGCCCAAACCUCUGACAGGAAGCACUUUUAAAAGCCCUUUGGAGGCCCUGAUGAAGAUUGAUGAUGGCAGUGUGAUCGGCUUGGGACAGAAUCACGUGAUCAAAGACUACCAAUGGGAACAGCAGGACGCAAUCUUUCGCCGCACCUUCCAAAAGCAUCUGGAGAGAGAAAGUGAGCCUGACAGCAAGGAGGAGAAACCCAGCCAUGCUGUGUUUCAUUUUCUCCUGCCUGGCCGGAUACUGCAGAUCGGACCUGAAAUCAAAGCACAGCCAGACGUGCCCACUGGCAUCAGUGUGCAUUGGAAUGGAAGCCACAAUCUCUGCCUGUAUUUACUCACUCGGCCAUCAAAGGAGAAAAUGGAUGCUGAGCUAAAACCUGACACUGUCUGGCCAUGUGCCGCUCCAAUCACCUGCUCAGCUGUCACCUCCUGCUCCUCUUACAUGGCUCUGGCAUGUGAAGAUGGGACGAUAACGGUGUGGGACAGAUGUCUAGGAUUCCCACUAGCUGUGACUGCCCUUCCAGAGGGAUGUCUCAGCCGCACCAUCCACUUCCUGCAGACAUCUACAGCCCCAAGGGACCAGCUGCCUAGGCCCAAAGUGCAGCUUCUGGUGCUGUGUACGGAUGGGUCUCUCCACCUGGUUACAGUAUCAGGGCCCAGAGAGUCCAGGACUGUGCUCCUGGCAGACAGGUCCGAGGACCCAGAUCAGACCACCAGCGCAGUAGCACCGAUUCCAGCCUUACCUGGUGCAGUGCUGGUGUUCUCCUGGGAUGGCACAGUGUGCCUCACGGACACUGCCACGCCACAGACUGUUUGCCACUUCAUCACCCCACCCUCUCACACAGUAGCAUCCCCCUGGCAACCGGUGUUUACCGUGGAUACCACUAACCAAUGCCUGCUCCUCCGAGGUGAUGAACAGCAGCAGCAGGCUGGUCCCCCGACACAGACCAAAGACAAUCAAAGCUCCAUCUUCCUUUUUUAUUUUGAUUCCUACCAGUCCAUGGAGGUUUUCGCAGCAGUACCGGAGCCUCCUCCUGACUCCUUGCAGCACCUGCCAUGGGACGAGAGAUGUGACAUUUUCCUCCGUGACAGGCUGCAGCGCCUGCCAGGAGUCAGCCAGCAGGUACCCAAGUGCUGGAGCCAGCUGCGGAAGCAUGCAGCCGCCCUGCAGAGGGAAAGCCGGAAGAAGUGAUGGGGGCAGGAGGAGCUAUAGUUCAGAUCAACCUCGCAGCCCUGGGUUGGCACUAGGCCCACAAGCCUGGCCCAGCAUUGGCAUUUUAACUGCAGACUAUUUAUUUUAACUGACUCAUCUCCACCUCAAGGCAGCUCAUCCCACUGACUAACUUCCCCCACUCUAACCCAAGCCAACCGAUCAGCCCAUGCCAGCAGGGAGCAGUUCCUCCUCUCCUCCUUCACCAAGGAUACUUGCACCAUACUGGGGGGGCAUUCUGAUAGCAGUGUCUGCUCAUCACAGGGAGGGACCCAGCAGCCCAAGCAGUUGAGCUAGAGAACGUGCAGUGCAGCUUUGAGUCCCCCACGGACGUGGAAAGUCCGAGCCUAAGCAGAAGCUUCGUGAAUGCAGUUGGGUCCGUGUCUCUCCCUUUCAGUAAAGGCCUUCACACUGUU